AUGGCAUCGCACUUUUGUACCGAAUUAUCAAAUGAUAUUGGAAAGUUAUAUGGAAAUAAAUUCAAUUCAGAUGUAAUCAUUCAUGGAUUAAUUCCAUUUAUUAGAUUUUAUCAAAUCUCAGCAAAAGAUUUUCAGAAAGAAAUUACAACAUUUAAAUAUUUAUUGUCGGAAGAAUUAUUUCAAAAUGUUUCAAAUCAUCAUCAAAAUUUUCGAAAUUCUCAAAAUAUUCAAACACUUGAUUAUUAUGAUAUUGAUAAUGACCUUAUCGAUCAUGUCAAAACAAAUGAAAGUUUUUUAUUUCUUUUUGAUAAUGAUAGUAAUAAAAAUAAAAUAGCUAGAGUAGAUAAUUCAUAUUCUUCACAUGCUAUUUCUUAUAUAAAUAGUAAAGGACCUUGUUUCGGUUAUGGAUGGGAUUUAGUAAUUUAUGAUAAUACAAUAGAAAUAUGUUUUACUUAUAAUUAUUUUGAUUCUGCUGGAUUCCUUGAUAAUAAUAAUAUACAAGAAUUAGAAGAUUAUGAAGUUUUUAAAGUUCUUAAUAUUUAG